AAGCGGAAAUGGAAGCAGAUCAGUAUCGAGUGAAUGGAUACUCUGAGAUAGAACGAGAAAAAUGGAAUUUGAUUAAUUCAACUUAUAAUACUUUGGAACAAUUAGAAAAUUACAAAAAUGAAACCAUUCAUUUUGAAUAACAAAGAGCGAUUAAUCAAGUCCGACAACGGGUUUUGCAACAAGCCUUACAAGGAGCUCUAGGAACUAUCAAUAGUUGUUUGAACAAGGAAUUACAUUUACGUACUAUCAGUGCUAAUAUUGGCAUGUUUGGGUCGAUGAAAGAAAUAAGAAAUAACUGAUUAGUCCUUACUACUGUAGGCAUUAUUUUUUUUUUCUUUCCAAAAAAGAAUUAGGAAAUAUUCAUGGUAACCAUCCGAGCCGACGAAAUUAAUAAUAUUAUCCGUGAACGCAUUGAACAAUAUAAUAGAGAAGUAAAGAUUGUAAAUACUGGUACCGUACUUCAAGUAGGCGAUGGCAUUGCUCGUAUUCAUGGUCUUGAUGAAGUAAUGGCAAGUGAAUUAGUAGAAUUUGAAGAAGGUACAAUAGGCAUUGCUUUGAAUUUGGAAUCAAAUAAUGUUGAUGUUGUAUUAAUGGGUGACGGUUUGCUGAUACAAGAGGGAAGUUCUGUAAAAGCAACAGGAAGAAUUGCUCAGAUACCUGUGAGUGAGGCUUAUUUGGGUCGUGUUAUAAAUGCCCUAGCGAAACCUAUUGAUGGUAGAGGUGAAAUUUCAGCUUCUGAAUCUCGGUUAAUUGAAUCUCCCGCUCCAGGUAUUAUUUCGAGACGUUCCGUAUAUGAGCCUCUUCAAACAGGGCUUAUUGCUAUUGAUUCGAUGAUCCCUAUAGGGCGUGGUCAACGAGAAUUAAUUAUUGGGGAUAGACAGACUGGUAAAACAGCAGUAGCCACAGAUAUUAUUCUCAAUCAACAAGGGCAAAAUGUAAUAUGUGUUUAUGUAGCUAUUGGUCAAAAAGCAUCCUCUGUAGCUCAGGUAGUGACUACUUUCCAGGAAAGGGGAGCGAUGGAAUACACUAUUGUGGUAGCUGAAACGGCGGACUCGCCUGCUACAUUACAAUACCUUGCCCCUUAUACAGGAGCAGCUCUGGCUGAAUAUUUUAUGUACCGUAAACGACACACUUUAAUUAUUUAUGAUGAUCCCUCCAAACAAGCACAAGCUUAUUGUCAAAUGUCUCUUCUAUUACGAAGACCACCUGGUCGCGAAGCUUAUCCAGGAGAUGUUUUUUAUUUGCACUCACGCCUUUUGGAAAGAGCCGCUAAAUCAAGUUCUUCUUUAGGUGAAGGAAGUAUGACUGCUUUACCAAUAGUUGAGACCCAAUCGGGAGAUGUUUCGGCUUAUAUUCCCACGAAUGUAAUUUCCAUUACAGAUGGACAAAUAUUCUUAUCCGCCGAUUUAUUCAAUGUUGGAAUCAGGCCUGCUAUUAAUGUGGGUAUUUCCGUCUCCAGAGUAGGAUCCGCGGCUCAAAUUAAAGCCAUGAAACAAGUAGCUGGCAAAUCCAAAUUGGAACUGGCGCAAUUCGCAGAAUUAGAAGCCUUUGCACAAUUCGCUUCUGAUCUUGAUAAAGCUACUCAGAAUCAAUUGGUAAGAGGUCAACGAUUACGUGAAUUGCUCAAACAAUCCCAAUCAUCCCCUCUUACGGUGGAAGAACAGAUAAUGACUAUUUAUACUGGAACAAAUGGUUAUCUUGAUUCAUUAGAAAUUGGACAGGUAAGGAAAUUUCUUGCUGAGUUACGUAAUUACUUAAAAACGAAUAAACCUCAGUUCCAAGAAAUCAUAUCUUCUACCAAGACAUUCACCGAGGAAGCAGAAACCCUUUUGAAAGAAACUAUUCAGGAACAGAUGGAACGCUUUCUACUUCAGGAACAAGCAUAAAGAAAUUGAUCACUCUUAAUUCUUAGUCUAAUUAAUGAAUUUAAUAAUAAAUAAAAAAAUAAAAUGAAUAUUUAAUAAUAA